AUGAUGUGGACUUGGACAGACUGUCUGUGUGUUACUCUCCUGCUUCUCCUCCAAAGAGCAGGCUCUGGUAGAGUGACCUCACAUGUUCUUUGAGUGUGUGUGUGUUUGUGUAUGAACGAUGUGAGGAUUUCCAUGAACGAUGGGUACAAUUUGCACUUUCGGUACUAGGCUAUUCCAUUGACAACCAAGCUAAAUCAAGCGAACCUUAAGUAUUAGAGCCAGGUUUGGUGUCUAUCUUUAGUGUGGUCUGUUAAAGUCUGAAUGGGACUAACAGUUGAUGAUGUGCACAGUCAUUUUAUUUUUAUUUCCAGAGAAGUUUGAGGUUCUUGGUCCGACUCGUGCCAUUGUUGCUGUGGCUGGUGAUGACAUCAUUCUGCCCUGUUACAUCAAACUCAACAUCAGCGCUGAGGACAUGAGAGUUGACUGGUUCAGAGUCAACCUCCCAGACCCUCAGUCAAACAUUCGAGUCCAUCUCUACCAAGACGGCAGAGACAAAUACCAUGAUCAGAUCCGCUCCUACGAAGGAAGGACAUCAUUAUUUAAAGAGGAACUGAAGAAGGGCAACACCUCUUUGAAACUGACCAGGGUACAAGGCACUGAUGAUGGACAGUACAAAUGUCUUGUUCAGUCUAAGACCCAUUAUGAUGAUGCCACUAUUCAAGUCCACAUAAGAGGUACAUUUCUUUCCCCAUAUAUACAACAACCCACAGCGAAGUGUUUCCAAUCUCAGCAGUACUUCAUCUCCAGUCUCCCUUUGUGUCUGUAGCUAUAGGAUCCAAGCCAGAGCUUUCCAUUGAGGGACAGAAAGAAGGAGGGAUGUGUCUGCUGUGUGUAUCUAAAGGCUGGUUCCCUGAGCCUGAGUUGGAGUGGCUGGACAGUAAAGGGGUCACUCUGUCUGCUGGACCUUCAGAGACAGACAGGGACUAUAAGGGGUUCUACAUAGUCAAACUAAAGACCAUUGUAAAGGAGACUGACACCAACCACUUUACCUGCAGACUCAGACAGAGGCAACUCAGUGAGCAGAUCAACAUGGAGACAGAGUUUCACAUCUCUAGUGAGUUGCACAACAUCAUAUUAUUGUUUAGCUGAUAUGAAACACUUUUAAUGUUUUAUAUGCUUUUGUAUUACAAAGGCUGAGUAAUAAUGAAACAUAAAUAGGACAAUUGGAUACAAGUUUGUCAACAUUUUAAGAACACUAAAGUAUUCUAAUGUCAAAAUGAAAUGUUGGUUUUGUAGAUCCAGCUGUAUGCCUCCACCCCAAAUGAAUGGAAAACCAGGAAAUGAGAUGGCUCUCAAAUGUUCCAUUCAUUUGGCAUUGAGGCAUAUAGCUUGAUCAACACACCUGAUGUCAUGGGAUGUGGUUUCAUUUUGACAUUAGUCUGCAUUUGAGGUCUGUAAAAGCUUGACAAAUCAUUCUUUAUGAGUGAAAUGUCCCUUCAAUUGUAUUAUUUGGUAGCAGUGGUAAGCAUGUCACUGAUCUCAGUUGAUUUGUGUCUUGCAGGUGAGCUGAUCCUUGUUCACACAGACACAUGGAGAGUGGCCUUUGCAGUGAUUGUCUCUCUGAGCAUUGUCCUUGUGGUCAUAUUAGCUUUCACCAUCUGGGGCUGGAAUCGUUUGUCCAAUGACUACGGUAAUAGAAAACGAAUUAAAGAGUUUAUUUGACUGAAUGUAAAUGUUUUACAGUGCAGUUUCCAGAGUGGCAUACACAAGGAGUUGGGUACUAGAACCGAAAGCUU